GAGCCUUAUUUUUAGCAUUUUUUUUUCUCUUACUAACUUAGUCAACUGUUGACAAUAAAAAGUGUAACAAGUCCCAUUGUCAUGAUGCGGUUCAUCACUUCUUCGUUCGCUGCUUUGCUUCUGUCCAGUCUGGUGGCACGAAGCGCUGCCGAUUCUGAUCCAACCACCUUCCGCGAACCGGACACUCCUAUGAAUGACGACCCAGAUCUUAGUAAUAUUCCGCUGGGCAACGCGGAUUCGCAAAGUGAAAUGCCUGGCGAGCCUCUAAAUCCAACGGAUUUCCAAAACGCCAUGAAAGUCUCUAUGGAUCCACCACCACGCGACAAGUUGGGCGGCGAUCCGAUCGAAAUUGCUGGCCUGUUUGAAGGGGAUAUUGCAGGUGUUGCAAGCGGAGACAUGGCCGUCGGAAAGUCGUUUAAACCAGGCAAAUCCCGCAUUAAAGCAACGGGUAAAAACGCUAUUGUUGACAUGAACCUACGUUGGCCGUCGAGCACCAUUCCUUACGUCAUAUCAGCUUCUUUCGUAUUGAACGACCGGAGCGUGAUCGCCAGGGCUAUGCUUGAGUACCACAAUAAAACCUGCAUUCGCUUCGUGCCGCGCACCAACCAACGAGACUACAUUCAUAUCAUGCCUGGAUCGGGAUGCAGCAGCAAUGUCGGCCGGACCGGAGGCGCCCAGCCUGUUUCCCUGGGCAGUGGUUGUGUCUACGUUGGGAUCGUCAUUCACGAACUGAUGCACGCAGCGGGCUUUUGGCACGAGCAGAGCAGAGCCGAUCGCGACAACUUCAUUACCAUCCAAUGGGACAAUAUUAUUGACGGGAUGGCGUAUAACUUUCAAAAGUAUAAUCUGGACCGUAUCCAGUACCUCGGAGCACCAUACGACACAAGUUCCGUAAUGCACUAUGAUGCCUUUGCCUUUGCCAAGAAUCGUCAACGUCCCACUAUCGUGACUAAAAAACAAGGCACCGAGCUGGGUCAGCGGAGAGGUUUCAGUGAUGUGGAUGUCCAAAAAUUGAAUAAACUGUACGAAUGCGGAAAGAUGGGCCCUGCAUCAACGGUCUCCACCACAAUGGCUCCUCUUGUUUCCACUGAAUUACCAGGCAAAUGCGAGGACAGUCACAAAUACUGCAAGAUCUGGUCGGAAACCGGCGAAUGUGCCAAAAACAAAGCCUGGAUGAGCGUCAGCUGUCGCAAAUCGUGCAAAAUGUGCGGAGUGGACUGUGACAACUUCAACGUCUACUGCGAUCAAUGGGCAAAGACCAACGAAUGCGACAAGAAUAUUGAGUACAUGAAGCUUUACUGUCCAAAAGCUUGCGGCUUCUGCGGAACAGCUUCCAGCGCGGCGUGCAACGACGAGAAUCGAUACUGCAGCGCUUGGGCGGAACGCGGACAGUGCAAAGCCAAUGCCGAAUACAUGAAACUAAACUGCAAAAAAUCGUGUGGGUUAUGCUAAUUUUUUUCCAAUUGCUUGCCGCGUGUGUUAUGGAUAUGCAUAUAAUUGAUUUGGUGAAGGGGAUAUUUCUGGUGGGAUUAAUACUUCGUUCAAUCUGUUCACGUUUCCCCGUUUAUCGUGUCAUCUGGUCCAAAUUAGUGCGUUUCAAUCAUUCUCGUCGACUUAGACGAUGAAAUGUCCAGCACUGUAUUGGUAUCAGCUCAUGUGGGACUCGUGAUUUUGCCGAUAGCAAUUACUUUGGGAAUUAGUCAGACGCUUGAAGUUUAUAGAGCCUACUUGAAAGACGGGGCCUGCUGGUCAGUCGUCAAAGUAACUUUUGACCUUUCUUUGCUAAAUCAUUUUCGUGGGUUGUGCGGU